GCAACCACCUGUCUUUGUGUGUGCCGACGCUAUCGUGAUGGCGUCGACGGCGGCUCCAGGCGCAGGAGCCAAAGACUUUUCGGCGCUCGAGGCGCUGAAUAACCAAGUGGAAGCGAGUAAAAUGGACGUGCUCAAGAAACGCAUCGACGAGCUGCAAGCUGAGAAUGACCACUUGCGAUUUUUGCACAAGAAGAGUGAAAAGGAAACCCACGAGUUUGUCGCGUACUUUCAACGGGAAUUGGGCGCCCGUGAAAAGGUGACGGCGAAAUUGAGUGAAGACUUAAGCGAGGCCAAGACACGAUUCCAUGACGACACGGAAGAGAUGAAACUCAAGUACGACGUGGACACCAAGCAGCUCUCGCACACGUCCAAGUUGAUGGAACUCACGCUGUCAGACAAGCUCAAGGUCGCCCAAGAAGACUUGACCAAGCUCGAGUUGUUUCGAGAUAUGAAGGACUCGCUCGAAAACAAGCUCGUGCAUCUCACGGACACGUUGGAAUCCGAGCGAGUGGCGCAGAAGGACGCACUGGGGAUGCUCGAACGCAAAUUUCUCGAGGAAAAAGCGCGCAACCAAAAGGACACGGACAAGCGCAUUGAAAAGAUCAAACAGCAAUCUCGCGAAGAUGCCCGGAACGUUCUCGACGCCGACACGCGGAAAAUCGUCACUGAUAACAAGCGCAUGGGCGAAGAGCUGAGGUUUCAAUUGAUAACGACCGAAGAACUCACCAAAGAAAACAUGGCGUUGGAGCAAACAACCAAAGCGCUCAAGUGUGAGAUUCAAGUACAUUUGGACAAAGAGCUCGAGUAUGCCAAGUAUGGCCAGAAACAGACCCGGGAAAUCAAACAAUUGCAGGCCAAGGUGAAGACGUUGGAAAAGUCGCUGUGUCAAGUCGUGCACGAGUUUGAAAAGGAAAAGCAACUGCUCACGACCAAGACCGAAAAGGAGCUGGACGAUGUGAGUUUGGACGCGGACGGACUUCGCAAGUUACUCAAACUCAAAAACAAAGAAUUGCGCAACAUGAAGCGGCUCGCGCAGACAAUCUUGGACCAGCGCACAGAUGUGGAGCAAUUUUUCUUGGACUCGCUCGACAUUGUCAAGCAGCAAAUGCUCGACGAACGAAAACGUGUCGUGGAAGCCGAAAAACUCCAAGACGCGAAAUUGACACCGGCAGAGCGCGGCUUAAAGUUUCCUCGACUGAAAACAAGAUCAAGUUCCGUGGGCAACAACAACCAGCAUGUGCCAUUAGGGGUGAAAGACAAGGUCGAUCUACGGGCGUUAACGUGGGAUGAACGGGAGCGCGUACUACGCCUGCUAUUUGCCAAAAUCAACAGCAUUCAGGGCUUUUUGGAUGCCCCGCCGGCCCUCGACAGCCAAGAAACCCGGUUAAACUCGUUAGAUACGCCUUUUCUAACCGAAGUGGCCGAUCAAAGCAGCACCGGUCCCAUGCUGCCACGGCACUUCCCAUCGCGACCACCCACCCACGCGACACCACCCCCCGCCGACGAGUAUUAAGCGACUAAUUCGAGUGUUUAUUUUGCCUUAAAGCUUGCCUUGGAUGAGUUCCAGCAAAGUGGCCGCGUCGGUUCGGUCGAUGGGGUCGGCGAGACUCGGCAAACGAAACAGGUUGUCGCCUUGGAACCGAGGAAUGACAUGGAUAUGCGGGUGAAAUACUUCUUGGCCCGACGCCCGGCCGUUGUUCUGGACGAUGUUGAUGCCGUCGCAUCCAACCGCCUCCUGUACGGCCUUGGCUAGUCGCGGGAGUUCCUGGAACAGCUUGGCGGCUUCGUGAGGCGGCAAGUCCAAGAUGUUAGUGUACCCCGACACCUUUGGGAUCAAUAGGCUGUGGCCCCGCGUGCAUGGAAAGGCAUCGAGGAUCGCGAGGACGUCGUCGGUCUCGAAGAUCUUGUCGGAGGGAAUCUCUCCGCGGAGGAUCUUCGCGAACACGUUGUUCGUAUCGUAUGGAGGGCCGAAUGCUGGCAUGUUGGGG